AUAUGAUUGGCAAUGUGUGUGCCAAGUUUGACCUCAAAAGGUCAAAUAUUAAGGUGACUAGAGUGUAAAAACGAGACCCUGUUCUUUAGGCGAUUUGUGCGGGAUCGAGCCUGUCGUUGUGCGCGCAUGGCCUUGAGAUUCGGCGGGGUAAGGUUAUCUUGCUGCCACUGUAGCACAAAUGUAAGUAGAUGAGUAAAUGGCUUGCAUAAAGUACUUUACCGAGAAAUUACUACCUCACGUUCAUACCGAGAAAUCCCACUUAAUUCCUGAGAUUUGGUUAACUUUGAUGAUUACAAGGUUAAAACUUACAAUAUAAAGAGCUUCUACCCAUCCAAUCCUUUAAACACUUUAGUUACAACGUUAAGACGAAAACCAUCUCUAAAAAUUUCCAAAUUUUACUCAUAAAAGUCGAAAACUAUUCGACAUGCCGCCAUGGCGUUACUUUUCGAUACUUAUCGCGCUACAAUUGACAUUUGUCCAAUUCAGUCUCACUUACACGAUCGACGACUCUCUCCCAUUCACCAAAAUGGUUGAGAAGAUCCCAAUUGCGGAAUAUUUCAAAAAUGCGACCGUGUAUCAUCCCCUUUACGAGAGCAUGGCGAAAGGAACCCUUCCCGAAGGAACGUACAAGGCCCUCAUUCAACAGGAUCACUUGUACAUUGACAACUUUCUCGACGCGUUUAGCAUUUUGGCCAAACGAGAGGAGGAUCCAGAAAGGAAGAAAUAUCUGCAAGGAGUCGCGGAAGAGGAUUAUGACGCUUACUGGCAGGGAUUUUACGAUAAGUUGAAUGUUACUAAAGCCGUCCACAUGGUCCCGCCUGUUUUGGAAUACUGCGUUUUCGAACUUACCGCCGCCAAACGUGCCGACAUUGCCGUCGCGCUGGCCACCUUCUAUCCCGCCUACAUCGUCUGGAUCGAAAUGGGCCAUCACAUCGCUCCCAUUGCUAACUUGGCCAAUAAUACCAACCAUCCGUAUUUCGAUUUCGUCUCAUCCACCGUGGAGUUUGCCAUUUCUACCCCGACCCUUAAAUUCCUAACCGUUGUGAACGAAUACUACGCCCGAUUGGGAAAUGAUACUAAAACCAAGCAACAAAUGUUACACGCUUACACGCGCAGUGUUCAGUAUCAGUUCAAAUUUGCGGAGGCGAUUUUCUCCAUGACGGAAGUGGAGUCAGUUCCGGCACCUAAAUUCACAGAGCUGGUAGACCCUUGGAUUGCCCCGGAUGCUCAACAAAGGGUCGUGAACCACGCCUUGUACACGGAAAUCGGCGUGGGAAAUCUUCCUCUGGAUCGGUUCGCCAUUCUGACACAGCAAGGACACCUUUUCAUGAAGGGAUUUUAAAUAUUUGUGUAGAUCAGUUUCAUGGAGAGAAAAGAGACGGAUAAGGAGCUAAACGGGCUACUUCGAAAGGACCCGAGUUACGUGUAUGACUAUUUGGAGGGGCAAUAUAAGAAGUAUAACUUCCCCCCGGCAUACGUUGCGGAAUGCUAUAUGCAGAGAUACCUGGAUCACAUAAUUACCACUUCGCAUCACGCCUCGAUCGCUGAAGGGCUCGCAUCCAUGUAUCCAUGCUACUUUCUCUGGAACAGGAUGGGUACCAGGGUGGCGGACUUGUCGAAAAAUGUGACCGAUCCACAUCCUUACGGAGACUUUGUCAAGUUUAACAAUCCAGCCGGGAGCCAGAGCUUGACGAACUUUCAGUAUCUGCUUAACACUUAUUUUGGUCGACUCGGCGGAGAUUUGGAGACCAAAUUGAGGAUGUUUCAGGUUGUGGGGGACAGUAUCAUGUUUGAGGAGAUGCUGGCAAAUGGGGUGUACACAACGGGCCAGCCACAAGGGUUUUAAGUUGAAUACCUAUGGUUACGUAGUUCAUCUGUUGAAGCAAUCAAAUUUUCCAGUAUUCAAAUAUUUAUAUUUCUAUCUCUCUAUGGUUUCCCUGUCAAAUUGGUUUUCUGAAAAAUAAAUAUUUAUGUAC